CGGGCGAGAUUAAUCGAACCCCCUCAGUGAAAAUGGCUGCCAUUGACUUCAUAACGUUAACUGGUGACAGCGAGAAAAAACAACCGGGAGAGGAUGCAGAGAGGAGUGGUAAUGAAGAGGAAGACCAGGACCUGUCAGAGGAGGAGGGAGGCGCCGCCGGGAAGGCCGAAGCCGGUUCGUUGAAGCUCAGCGUUGCCGCGAGCUCAGCCAAGGCCAAGAAAAAGAAACACAAGCACCGCAGCAAACAGAAGAGACACAAGCAGUCUUCACCUGAGGACAAAGAGCGGCGCCACAAGCACCGGCACAAGCACAAGAAGCACAGGCGUAAAGAUGGCCCCUCGACCGACGGCUUCCCCACCGGUGGCGACGACAACGCUUUCCCAUACUCUUGCUCCUCCAAGCAGCCGAGACUGGAAGACGACGAGAUGGCGCUUCUGGAGGAGCUGGAGAAACAGCGGGCCCUGAUCCAAGCUGAGCUAGACAGUGAAAUGACUGAGGGGGGCAGGGGGGUACAGUCGGGCAUGGGGCUCAUACUCCAGGGAUACCACUCUGGGGAGGAGGAGGAUGGGGAGAUUCAGGGGGAGAGGGUGUGCAACGGGCAGCACUUGCGGAGAGGGGAAACUGGGGCUGGGGCUGGCUCAGGCUCGCAGACCGCUAAAGACGCUGGUAGAGUCCAGCGAGAGUCGGCAGAUGCCGGCAAAGCUAAGCAGAAAAAUCCCAAUAAAGACGCUAGGAAGAGAAAGACUGACAGCAAGAUCAAGGAUCAGAUGAGAGGGAUGAGCACAUCCAGGGAUAGAGACAGCAGGAGACAUUCCAUGAGUGCGGAUUGCUUUAAGGAAAGGGCACGGGUGUCCAAGUCUCCUCCUGGCACUAGCAAGCAGCCUGCUCAAAACCAGGACAAACACAAGAAGGCGAUCAAGUCCCCCGCCAAGGACGCUUCCUCUGGGAAUGAGAACUGCUCUCCUGGCCUGCGAGGGAGGCCGCCAGGCCCCGCCCCCCAGCUGCAGCGCAGCACGUCCCCAUCACAGUGCCGGGACCCCCGGGCCUCCUCUUCAGGUCCCCAGGCAGCCGAGCGAUGGGUCAGGUCACCGCCACCACCCAGAGGGGGCCACCCGCGCUCCCCGGAGUGUCAAAGGAGAGAGGUGGACCGACUGAGACUCUCACCUGGCAGGAUGCGGCGCCAGGACGAGGCAGGGGGCCGCAGGGAUGCCAGCCCAGCUCGACGGUUCAGCCGCUCACCUUUCAGGCGGAGGUGUCGCUCUCCCAGGAGACGCAGCAGGUCUCCAUUCAGGAGGAGGUCAUUGGAUCGGGACAGGAUGGGACGGAGGCCACAUUGGGGUUCCAGAUCCCAGGAGAGGAGGCAGAGGCUGAGCCGGGACAGAGAGGACAAGUUCAAGGGCAGCCUCUCGGAAGGAAUGAAGGCUGACAAGGAGGACUCUGAAGAUGAAGUGCUGGAAGAUUACGACGUUGAUGAGGAGGACGAGGAGGCCCUCAUCGAACAGAGGAGGCUACAGCGCCUGGCCAUCGUCCAGAAGUACAAGGGAGGGAACGAGGACAGUAAUAUGUCGGCACCGUCGGACCCCGGCAGCCCCCAGAGCAGCCAGCGCAGCCGCUCGCCCUCACCAGACGGCAUCCUGGAGCGUGUGACGGCCGACGUCAAAGAGUACGAGCGGGAAAACAUGGACACCUUCGAAGAAAACGUCAAGGCUAAGCACAACCUCAUCGAACAGGAGAAAGAUGAAGGAACCAACCCCAAAAAACCUUCUGCCCCCGAUAUGUUCACCGAAUCGGAUGACAUGUUUGCCGCCUACUUUGACAGUGCAAGGCUUCGCGCAGCAGGCAUCGGAAAGGACUUUAAGGAGAACCCCAACCUCCGAGACAACUGGACAGACGCAGAGGGCUACUACCGACUCAAUAUCGGGGAGAUACUGGACAAGCGGUACAGCGUGUAUGGCUACACGGGGCAGGGCGUGUUCAGCAACGUCAUCCGUGCGCGAGACGUGGCCCGCGCCAGCCAGGAGGUUGCCAUUAAGAUUAUUCGGAACAACGAGCUCAUGCAGAAGACUGGGCUCAAGGAGCUGGAGUUCCUGAAGAAACUCAACGAUGCCGACCCGGACGACAAGUUCCACUGCCUGCGCCUCUUCCGACACUUCUACCACAAGCAGCACCUCUGCCUGGUCUUCGAGCCUCUCAGUAUGAACCUGCGCGAGGUGCUGAAGAAGUACGGUAAAGACGUGGGCCUCCACAUCAAGGCUGUGCGCUCCUACAGCCAGCAGCUCUUCCUGGCCCUGAAGCUGCUGAAACGCUGCAACAUCCUGCACGCCGACAUCAAGCCUGACAACAUCCUGGUGAACGAGUCGAAAACCAUCCUCAAGCUCUGUGACUUUGGUUCGGCGUCGCACGUGGCGGAGAAUGACAUCACUCCCUACCUGGUCAGCCGAUUCUACAGGGCGCCUGAGAUUAUCAUCGGGAAGCCUUACGACUACGGGAUCGACAUGUGGUCUGUUGGCUGCACUCUGUAUGAGCUGUACACGGGUAAGAUCCUUUUCCCAGGGAAAACCAACAACCACAUGAUUAAGCUCGCCAUGGACCUCAAGGGCAAGAUGCCUAACAAGAUGAUCAGGAAAGGUGUGUUCAAGGACCAGCACUUUGACCAGAACCUCAACUUCCUGUACACCGAAGUAGACCGAGUUACUGAAAGGGAGAAGGUAACAGUGAUGAGCACCAUCAACCCCACUAAGGAGCUGCUAGCUGACAUGGUGGGCAGUCAGCGUCUGCCCGAGGACCAGCGCAAGAAGGUGGCCCAGCUCAAGGACCUGCUGGACCAGACCCUGAUGCUGGACCCGGCCAAGAGGAUCAGCAUCAACCAGGCCCUGCAGCACCCCUACAUCCAGGAGAAGAUCUUCUGACCGCUUCCUUCUGUACACAGUCACACAUUGAUUGCAGCAACCAGUACUGAGUUCUUAGUUUGACUAUGGUUGGAUCCCAUCCCAGGCCAAGAAAUUGAUUUAUUUGAGCUGGCACUCACACACACACACACACACACACACUCUCCCAUUUUUCAUCGACCUUGUGGAUUGUAUUAUAUAACCGUAGUAGGGCUCAUGUCUGCUGCACAACAUGUGUUCAGGCUCAGCCUCUCUGCAAGUCAAGAGAGUUCUGUCUCAUUAUAAGCCCUCUAUCUCAUGGACAGUAAGCCACUCGAGUUGGACUUUCAUCCACUCAGAUCUUCAGUUUUUGAUUGGCCCCUUGCAGGUGACUGAAGGUGGAAGAUAAUUUUUGCUGUAAAAAUGUUAAUUUUGAUUGUAGGGAAGGGUUAGGGUUAGUACACAUUUUUUUUAUACUGAUUGUUGGGAAGGGUUUUUGGGGUUAACGGUCAUUUGUGAGUUGCCAAGGCUGUGACAAGCACAGAGAGGGUAACCCAAUGCCCUUUAACCUUUUUUUGAAUGGGAUAUUUGUACAGUGAGUAGACUAAACUCCUGCAACCUUGGCAGCUCCUUUUGACUUACUGUUACAUGUUGAUGUGGUGCAGGGCCAGCAUAAAUGAUGUCUAUAUCCACAUCUCCUCCAGGUAUUGAAAGCCCCGAGCGCUCCCCCCACCCACCCUGUCCCCACAUCCUGGUGUGUCUGUGCAGGCCCUGGUCCGCAUGCCCGUUCUGCUGCUGCCUGUAGGUCUGUCAGUGCCGAAAACCCAAACGGUUGGGGGUCCUUGGGUUCUACUUGAGCACCCCUGCAGGGAUGGUCCCUCCUCAUGUUUUAAAGCAGGUUGUAUACCACUUUCAGUACAUUGAAGGUAAGCUACCCCCCUCCUCCUCCUAGAAAAAACAAAACCCAUCAACUUGUUAUUACCUCAUGUUUAUUUAUUUUUAUUUUUUAUUACACAUUGUUUUAGCCAGAUCCCCCUGUAGACAUGGUUUACCUUAAUCUCUUACAUGUCAAGAAACCAUGGGUUCUAAAAUAAACCUAUAUAAACCUAUAUAACCUAAAACAAAUCACUAUGGCAAAGAUCAGUCACGCAUCCAAAUUGUGGAGAGGAAGUUGGG